UUUCGCUAGCUGCAUGGUAAACGUACAAAACAGACGGAGAGGGAGAGAAUGAGAACAAACCAAUUUAAAAAAAGAGAAAAAUAUUAGUAGUACUAACGACAAAGCUUAUACUGCAGUUACGAAGAAACCGAAGCAAAAGAUAGAUCGCCGAGAGAUUCAGAAUAAUGGAGGAUAAAGACGACGGGACUGUCCAAACCCUAAGAAGGCGUAAUCUUGAUUCUUUAAAUUCGAUUCAUCUCCAAACGCUUCGACUUUGGGACAUCAUAUUUCCAUGGCUGAUAAUCCUUCUUCAACGUCCAGAUUUCGAUUUCGUGAUCACCAAGAAUCCGACUCCUCGGAAGGUCACACCAGUUCCAAUUCUUCGUCUCUGUCCAGCGACGCCGACGAUGACAUCGAACUUGAGUCCAUGACCGGAAAGGGUAUUAAGCACCUUUGUUCAGAACUCCUCGAGCUAAAGAGUGUGUCAGAUGAAGAUUUUCACAAGAACAUCUUUUCCAAUUAUUCAGCAUUUGUUAGAAUAUUUGAAGAAGUAGAAUCCAUGGAAAAUGAACUAAUGCAAUUAAAACACCAUAUCUCAACACAAAAAAGGCUUGUAGAAGACCUUAAAUAUGGCAUUUAUCUGAAGGUUUUACCGAAGGAGACAGUGGAAUCAAUUACUGAAGAACCUGGAUGUGAUGGACAACCAUCUCUGAGCAUAUUAGAGGCUCAUGCCAAUGAUGCUGCAGAAAUUCUAGAUGUUCUUCUGUCAGAACGAAGGUUUGAUGAAGCUUUGGAAAUUUUAAAAAUGGAAGCUAGAACUUUUCAGAGCAUGCAGUUGGAAGAAAAUAUUCCUUCAAAUGUGUUGAUGUCCUACAAAUCCGCAGUAUCAGAAAGGAGGGCAAUGAUUGCAGAUCAGUUAACAGUGGUGGCUGAAAACCCCAGAGUAUCUGCACCAGAAUUGCAGAAAGCAUUAGUUGGACUUCACAGACUUGGUGACAGUAAUCUUGCAACUCAAUUAUUGCUUAAAUAUUACCAUUCACGCAUUGCAUCUGGUAUAUAUGAUUUUCAGUACUCAAAAACAAUUUUACAUGGCGUUUACAUUCGUGAAGUAGCAAAGUUUGUGUUUUCUAUGAUUUCACAAGCAGCAAGGAGUUUUACAGUCUUAUAUGGAGAAACUUCUCCUUAUGCUUCAGAACUUAUUCAGUGGGCCUGUGAAGAAACUGAAGUGUUUGCAGCCUGUUUUAGUAGAUAUGUUAAAUCCAUUUCAGAAACAAGUGGGGGAUUGUUAACAGCAGUGGAAGCAGUGCAGUUUGCAACGUCAUAUUGCUCUUUGUUGGAAUCUCAGAGAAUAGUGUUGAAGCCAUGCUUAGUGAAGCUUAUUCGUCCUUGUAUGGAAGAUGUACUACAGAUUCAUAUAGACCAUUUCAAGAAAGUCAUUGGCAUCUUUACGUCAACUGAUAAUUGGGUUGUGGGCAGAUAUCUUGUAUCGGGAACUUUAACUGAUGAGUGCUCUUCCAUGGUUAUUGGGCAACAACCAGAAUUUUGCGUUCUCACUAACAGUGGUCGGAAGUUCGUGACAUUGUUGCAGGCUAUCACAGAAGACGUUUCACCUUUAGUUGCCCUUAAAAUGGAAGGUCCGAUCCUCAGAGGACUAAUGAACAUCUUCACAGAAUAUAUUGUCAUCCUUGAAAGAGCCCUCACUAGUGAAACAAAUUUUAUAGAGAAAGGCUGUCCGAGAAUCAGUUUGGCGGAGUCACCGGCACAACAAAUUUCAGUUGUUGCCAAUUUAUCAACACUCGUACAACUUUUCUCCAGCAUAAUAACCAACUUCUUCAGAGGCAUCAAUCACUUCAGUUUCGAAGUUGAUAACUUUAAAAUAUUUAUCCAAGAGGCUUCUGAUCGAGUCAGAGAACAUUUCUGCAAGCAAUUUAUAAGUAGAAUAAUAUCUCAUGAAGGUGUCUAUAGGCUUAAGUCAGAAACUUGUGUUAGCGGCCAGAGUGAUUCUAACAUGUUUCGUGAUGCAAUGCCUUCUGUUGCUUUCCAGGAACUUUUUCUAGAGCUGAGGAACUUAGAGAAACUUGCUGAAGACAGUGUUGUUGAACUUGACUGGUUGAUGGAUCUAUUGGAAGAGCUAAUGGAGACCAUAUUUGUUUGGAUUUCAAAUAAUAAAGAAAUCUGGACAAUUACUGAAGAGGAUUUGACUGCCCAACAUUCUGGCAUUUUUAAGCAGUUUGUUUUGGACAUCCAAUUCCUUGUGGAAAUUGCAAGCCGUGGAGGAUACUGCUCCAACAACAUAAUGAAUGCAUCCCUAGAUCUUGUUUCUUGCAUGGAAACAGCCUUUGUUUCUGCUGGGUUAGAUCCUAAACGUACCAUAGAAGAUGAUGGAUGGGCUAUCAAUGCUGCCACUGAAGCCCUUCAAAAACUAGAAGAGAUGGCAGAAACAAACUUACCUCCAAAUGAAUCUUCAGAGCAUUUUCAAGAGGAAAUGAGUGAACACCCGUCCAUGCUUGCAAGUGAUUCCUUCAAGGAUGAUGACGCCAUGAGUUAUUCAGAGAAAUCUGUCGAGUCUCUGGAGGAUUCAGUUGUCGUAGAUGUAUCAGAAAUUGCAAGUAAUGCGGACUCAGAUAUUCCAAAGACAGAAUUAGAAGCUGUAGAUCUUCACAGGGAUGGUGGUUUUGAUGAUGAGGACACUAUAAUCUCUGUUGCCACUUCUGUGCAAUUAGAAGACACAACUGAAAAUGCAGUUUAUGGUGGGGAAGGCAAGCUGCCGACCCAAUUACCGGACAUGCAGUUGUCUGUGGGUAAUGGUGGAGAAGCUUCUGGGGAAUGGGUUUCUAAUGAAGGCAAAACUAGCAGUCAGCAGGAUGAUUCUAGUCAAAUGGUUUACAAGCUUGAAGAGAGCAUACAAACAGAAUUGCCAGCAACUGUUUCAACUAGGGAAGACAUUGAUAAACUGCGAGACACGGAUGAAAAUAAUGUAGGGAAGGCUGCCGCUCCUACUCUGGAAGAUUGUGACAAGAACUAAAUCACAGUUAUCCAGUCAAGAGAGAGAGGUUUCCGUGUUCUUAAGAUAUGGCAUGUUGGAUUGAAUGCCAAAAAUGCUUCAAUGAAGUAGAAUUCAAAAAUAAAAGUUGAAGGGCUAAUUUCUUAUAGUUGUUAUUUAAUAAUCAUAAAUAACGAGAGACGCUCCAGGCACUCCACAAUAAAGAUCCAUUGUUGGUGUUGCUUGUAUAUAUCAUUUAAUCCAACACUUUGGUACGCUUUUUGUUUAUAGGUCCUGUUUGUUUGGAUGCAAAGUAUUUUUUCAUCUUAAAAUCUAAUAAAAAUAAUUUAUCAUCAAUUUUUGACAAGUUAUUUUAUAUGUCUGUCUGAUGGACUCAACCUUGAUCCAAACCUUUGUCAACCACCGAAAAAGAAAAAAUAAAAAAUUUAUUUUACCUUGAAAAAAAUAUCUUUUCUGAAAAAAAUAUUUUAUGUUAAGAACAGACG